AUGCCAUCACCGAAUCAUCAGGAAGACGCCAGCCCACCGUCCGGCAGCAACGGCGGGAGUGUUGCCGUCGGCAUCGUGCUCGGUAUUCUGGCCGGCAUAUUUGUCGUCCUGAUCCUGUGCUCCAGGUUUUUGUGCAAGCACCGCGGCGCCAGCAGCCCCGAGGACGUGGAGGCCGGAAAACGCAAGAGAGUAGCCUCGCUCCUGAAGCUCGACGGCGUAGCGCCGAGCCGUGCCUACGGAAACGAGCAAGAAAAGGACAAGAAGCCCGAGCCGCCGACGACGUCGCGCUCCUGUUCCUUUGACGACGUGAUAAGCUGCGUCAUCUGCCUCGACAUCCUACAAGGCGAGGACAUGGUCCGCCAGCUGCCGUGCCGCCACUACUUCCACUCCUCGUGCCUGGAUACGUGGUACCUGCGACAGCACAGCACGUGCCCGCUUUGCAAGACGCCCUUUUUCCCCGAGUCGAAGAGCGAGGAACCAAAAGCCGCGGCCUCGGCCGAGUCUUCCCGUCGAGCGGCCAGUUCGCAGUCCCCAUAG